AUGACAAGACUUCCAUCCACAGGGAUAUUCACUUCAUAUUGUGCAACAAUUCCACCAAAUCAUUGGCUGAAAUGUAUUUUAUUUGCUGCAUUGUACUUUAAUUAUCUGGCAAUGUCAUUUCCAUUUUUAUUGCCAGUUAUUCGAUUGAUUAUUGUCACUUUUCCGAAAAGACAUGUCAUAAUAAACACAAUCUUGAUCCGAUACGGUGUUCCCUUGAUCCUCCUAUUUCCAAUUUGCUUCACAUUCUACCUGAUUCCGGCUCUAGGAGUUUGCAAACAAAGAGCAUCUCCUUAUCCAUUUGGAGCAAUUUGGAUUUAUUAUAUCAAUUCUGCAUUUGGGCUCCGCAAUUCAUUCUUCCAUUUAUAUAACUUGAUAUUCUGGAUGACUCUCUCAAUAAUAGCUAACUUUCUAUUAUUCUACCAAGUUGGACAAGCUAGAUCGAGACUGAUCAGAGCUCAAACAAGUGGAACAUCUAAAAGAGCACACACCUCAAUUACAAUUACUACACUGGCUAUGAUCACUUUCUAUGUGACAAAUGGCUCGUUUUUGCUAAUGUACAUCUUCUACUACGGUACGAAUUCCUAUUUUUCGUAUGCUGAAAUCAUCCGUCCAUUCGGAAAUGAUCUACAAACUUGUGUCGUCACUUGGGUCUUCUAUCUGACUCAUCCCGCAUUCCAAAAGAAGAAAUCAAUGGAUUCUGAUCUGAUUUUCUCGACGAGUUCAUUUCGAAGAAGAGUUGAUAUUUCUAUUUGA